AUGUCCACGUCGGGUGGUUCGCGUGGAAAAUUGGCGCAAGGAUUCGGCACAAAUGGAGCUGACCAAACGGCCGCCUCACUCUUUGACUCGGUUUUCUCGAAGCCUGCCAAUCGCUUUCCAAAACGGCCAGUGCUCGUUGAAGAAGAAAAGGAUGCACUUCCUUCGGUUGUCUCUGAGGCUUCUACAUCACGGAAUUUGGAUGGAAACCAGAAGAUGAUGUCGCCUCCAGUGAGCUUGCCCGAAUCUACUUCCACUGAAGGUGAUGGAAACGUCGAUCAGUCACCAUCUGGCUCAAAUUCGGACGAUGAUGAUACAAUGGACUCUCAGCAUUCAAGUGGACCCGUUCGUCGACCACCCAAGCACACAUUGCCUAUUUCAUCUAACUACGAGUUUGAUGACAAUUUCGAUGAAGAUUCAAACACUCCACCUGCAUCAAAACGAGCAAAGUCGCCAGAAGAAGAGCCGCAACAAAGUUUGAGGCUUUUGCCAAAGAAAGAAGCAAAGCCGAUUUAUCGACACACUUGGUCCACCGGUUCAGGGCCAUCUGAUGAGGAACAAGAAGAACCGAAUGAAACACGCGAAGAUUCGCCAGAAGUUGCUAAGACUGCAAAUGUGGAAAAUAACAAGUUGCUGGCAAAGCCAAGAGUCCCGAUCUGGCGCUCCCAGUCUGCAGCAACAACAGCAACAAUUCAAAAAGACGAAGGAGUACGACGUAUUCGGAAAGUCAAGGAAGCUCACGAGUGCUUAGAGAUUGGUGAACAAGACGAUUAUAAACAGGAUCUCGAAUACAUUUUAUCCUCGUUGGCCAACCAAAAUGCAAAUAUCAAUACGAAAUGCUUGAGUGCUAUAACUUUGGCGAAGAAGUGUAUUACUUCCGAUUUUCGACAGUUCAUUAGAACGAAGGGACUGAUUGGAGCAGUGUUUCGAUCGUUGAUUGAUGCACCAUCAGAUGCGAACUUCGCUCUAUGUGCAGCAACAGUCGUCUAUUUGAUGUGUCGAGAUCAUAUUUCGGUCAAAGCUGAUGCCACAACAUUGCGACUUCUAUCGAGUUUGCUCAAAAUGGAGACGGGACCACUUUGUCAAGUCGACGAGAAAUAUAAGAAACAAGUUCACGACAUCUUUAAAGCUUAUGUAAAAAACAGCGAAUCAACUGGACACAAAAUUGCAUUUGAUAUCGAUUUAGAAAAUAUUUCGCCUUCAUCUCUUGUUCUCGAAGCAUUGGUCUAUGUUUUGUCAAAGAAUCACGAGGAAGCUGUGAAGAAUGAGUUGUUGACACAAGGAGCACUACAAUGGGUUGUCACUAAAGUUGAGAAGAUAACACAAAGCCUUGAAGAAAGCCAAACUAAUGAGACAGCACAAAAAUUGUUAAUUCCGUUAGAACGAUGUUUCCGUGUCCUUGAGAUGUGCACUCUGUUCCACAAGAAGAAUCAAGCUUACCUCAUCAGUCAUCGUGGAAGUGUUUUAAUCAACUCUUGCGCAAAACUUAUUGCUCUCCAACAAGAAAGGGUGUCUCGAUGUGAAACAAAUUCUGAACUUGCCUAUGCUCAUCUUGGUUGCUUAUCGAUGAUGGCUCGAGUUUUGAUGAAUUUAAGUCAUGAGAAUGAGCUUUGCUGCACGAAACUCGGACAAAUUCCCGGCUUCCUACCAUUGUGUCUUUCUUCAUUUACCUAUAUCGCUCCAAAAUAUGCCGCCGACGAUAAGAAAUUUGAUCUCUACGUUAUGAUGUGUUCCCUUCUUGUGAAUCUCGUUGAACGUUGCAACUCGAAUCGACGAAAAUUGAUUGGUUCUCAAAUAAGAACAUAUGAUCCGGUGACAAAAGAGGAAACGGAGUUGCCCGUCUUGGAAGCUCUAACAAAGCUAUUUCUUUCUCGGGAAGAGGCGGCGAAGAAUAUUGAUGAAGAUCUUGACAAAGAUUUGGUCAUGGAAGAGCCGGAUAUGAAUGAGAAUGAUAAUGAGGAAAACGACGAUGAUGAUGGACCAAGAGAGGAUGGUCGCCUUGAUCGGGGUCGUUUGGAGGAUAUGAGUGAAGCAGAGAUGUUGAUGCAUGUGCAAAGUGCGAUGAAUAAGGCUUCGGCUCAUAUGGAGGACAGUGUCGUGGCUUCAUACGUUGCGCUUUUGAUUGGAUGUCUUUUACAGCAAAAUGAGGAAGCAGCAAACCGCGUCCGUGAACUUCUGCCCGAUGGACGUUUGGAUUCGAUGAUCGAACAAUUGCAUCGUUUCUUGGAGUUUAUGAAUAUUGCGAGCAGCAACAAGGGUUGUCGAUCGAUUGAGAAGAUUGUCGAGUAUCUCGAAAGGAUGAAUUCCGAA